GGUUACUGAGGCUCUGGAGAUGCGAAGGCCAAGAGUCCUUCUCCACCGUGAACCCCCUCUACUACUGCAGCUGGAGGAGUUUUUCCCAGUCUGUGCUCCCCUGGGGGGAUGGAGGCCGAGAGACCCCAGGAAGAAGAGGAUGGUGAGCAGGGCCCCCAUCAGGAUGAGCAUGGCUGGCCCCCUGUGAACACCAACACUCGGCCUUGGCGAUCUGCUCCUCCAUCCCCUCCUCCUCCAGGGACCCGCCACACAGCCUUGGGGCCCCGCUCGGCCUCCCUGCUCUCCCUGCAGACUGAGCUCCUCCUGGACCUGGUGGCUGAGGCCCAGUCCCGCCGCCUAGAGGAGCAGAGGGCCACCUUCCACGCCCCCCAGAACCCCCCAAGCCGAGUCCCAGCCCCACUUCGGCCUCUUGAGGACAGAGAACAGCUCUAUAGCACCAUCCUCAGUCACCAGUGCCAGCGGAUGGAAGCCCAGCGGUCAGAGCCUCCCCUACCUCCAGGGGGGCAGGAGCUCCUGGAGUUGCUGCUGAGAGUUCAGGGUGGGGGUCGAAUGGAGGAGCAAAGGUCCCGGCCCCCCACACACACCUGCUGAGACUUGAGCCCCCCACCAGCCCCUUUGCACUCCUGGGGCUCAAAGCUGGGAAGCCCAUUGCACACCCUCAACCCUGCUUGGCAGGGCCACUAGAGACUGGAAGACCCAGCACAAAUCUCAAUAUUCAUUGCCCUCAUCUACCUUCCCUGGGAAUUGGAAGGGGUGAAAGUCCUCAAACCUUGGGAAUAGUCAAGGUAGGAUAGUCAUUUAACUCCCUCCCCCAGUACGUGGGAGCUUGAAGAAGUGAGAGGAUCUCAGCCACCAAGGGACACCCCACCUCCUCCUCUGAUCUCAGGGAGUGGCAGGGAGUCUUGGUCCUGAGCUGUGGGGACACCCCGGUAGUCAAACCACUAGGCAGGAACUGAGGGCUCAGACCUCCUUCUCCCAAGAAAAGGCAAAUCUCCCAAGGUUAUAACCUGAGUGAGUGUUCCACCGUUCUUCCCAGUAAGAAAGGAAGGGAGGGUGGGCACAGCAAAGAGACAAAGACUCUUCUCCCAGCCCCACCACAGCACCCCCCAAUCCCAGGACUGAGGGGCCUACAGGCUGUGAAUGGACAUUUAGCCCUGCCCACCCUCCCCACUGCUGCUCUGAGUCUGUAUGAUGUUUUGACUGUAUGAAUAAAUAUAAUUCCCCUCUGGA